UUGCUCACUCCUUACAGAUCACACACCUUAACCCUGACUUUUCUGGCUCCAGUUUUCAAAGGAAGUGAAGGCAAGAUGAAGAACCAUUUGCUUUUCUGGGGAGUCCUGGCCAUUUUUGUUAAGGCUGUUCUUGUGACAGCCCAAGAUGAAGAUGAAAGGACUGUUCUUGUUAACAACAAAUGCAAGUGUGCCCGUGUGACUUCCAGGCUCAUCCCUUCUGCCGAGGAUCCUAGUCAAGACAUUAUAGAGAGACACAUCAGAAUUAUUGUUCCUCUGAACAACAGGGAGAAUAUCUCUGAUCCCACCACGCCACUGAGAACCAAAUUUGUGUACCAUUUGUCCGACCUCUGCAAAAAAUGUGAUCCUACGGAAGUGGAACUGGAAAAUCAAGUAGUUACUGCCACCCAGAGCAAUAUCUGUGAUGAGGACGAGACCUGCUAUGCUUAUGACAGAAACAAGUGCUAUACAAAUAGGGUCCCACUUUCGUAUGGUGGUAAGACCGUAAUGGUGGAAACAGCCUUGACCCCAGAAUCCUGCUAUCCUGACUAAUUUAUUGCUGACCGCACAGCUCCUUCUCUUGAAAGGCUCUCCAUUUUGACCCAGAAAGUUAAUAUAUUUACCGCCAAUGAAUUUGAAACCAUAAUUUUCUUUUUGAUAAUGUAAAACUUUCCUCCAAGGCAAUCAAAACAGUAAUAUUGUUAUUUUUAUUAGGUAAUUAUAUUCUACAUGUUGACUGUCUUAUCAUCCUGGGGUAUAUGUUCUUAAGAAUAUAAUUUCUAACAUUUAAAAGAUAGGUAAGAAGAAAAAAAAUGAAACUCAAGGUUAAAAAUCAGGAUACAGAAUUAAAUUUUGUCUUUUUUUUUUUUUUUUUGCUUUUCUUUGGAGAGCCAGAGCUUUUGCAUAUUCUAUGCUAUUCUCUUAAAAAAAUAAAACUGUGCAGAGAAAAGUGAUGUGUAAACACAGGUUGAUUAUAGUUCUUCAUGAUGCAAGUGAUUGGAAAAUAUGUUUUAGAAAUAUUUAUAAAAAUAAUUAAAAUGGGAUUUUUAAUAUUUAUGAUACCAAUGAGCUGAAAGGGACAUAAUUAAGUGCAUAAUUAAAAAAUAUGUUUUGAUGUAAUACAGAUUUGAUGGCAGAUGGUACAGAUUAAAAAAUUUUUUUUGAUAAUCAGGAUAAUGUAAGAAAUUCCCAUUGGAAAUUAUCAAUGUUGUAACUGAAUCUAACAUAUUUCAAAACAUGUAUUUCAAAAUAUGUAUUCUCUAACACAGUUUGAACAAUUAAAUAGAUUCUUAAGCAUA